AUGAAUGGCUCUGGGAACAACAGCGCCGUCACGGAGUUCAUCCUCCUGGGGCUGUCUGCAGACCCCCGUGUCCAGCCCCUGCUCUUUGCACUGUUCCUAAUGAUAUACCUCCAGACCCUGCUGGGGAACUUGACGCUGCUGCUGGUGAUCAGGGCUGAUUCCUGCCUCCACAUGCCUAUGUACAUCUUCCUGAGUCACCUCUCUUUCCUGGAUCUUUGUUUCUCUUCGGCUACAGUGCCCAAGCUGCUGGAGAACCUCCUGUCUCAGAGGAAAACCAUCUCUGUCCAGGGCUGCCGGGUUCAAGUCUUCUUUGUGUUUGACUCUGGGGACACUGAAGCCUGCCUGCUCUCAGUGAUGGCCUAUGACCGCUACGUUGCCAUCUGCCACCCUCUGCUCUAUGGCCAGAAGAUAACCAACAAGCUCUGUAAUGGGCUAGUGUGGGGCUCCUGGGGCCUGGGAUUUCUGGACGCACUCAUCAACAUUCUUCCAGCUAUUAGCUUGGACUUCUGUAAGGAUCAGUCCAUCCCCCACUACAGCUGUGAGCUGCCCUCUCUCUUCCCUCUGUCCUGCUCUGAUGUCUCCAAAAACUUUACUAUUCAGCUCUGCUACAGCCUUCUGCAUGGGCUUGUAACCUGUGUCCUAAUUGUCUGCUCCUAUACUCCUAUUGUCUCCACCAUCCUGAGCAUCAGCUCCUCCUCAGGUGGAAGCAAGGCCUUCUAA